AUGAAAGAUACACCCACUCAAUCAAGAUCAGUAGUUUCUAGAUGUUUCUUUCUCUCUCUCCUCCUCUCUUUAUCUUGUUUCAUCUUUCUCUCUCUAAAAUCUACAUACUUUCUCAAGAAACCCAUCUCCGUUGACGGUGGUGCCGACCUCAAGAUCCGACCCGGAUACACCUCCUACGACAACUACAUUCACCACCAACUUCGUAAAACCACCAACCCCAAGCUCCGAAAAAUAUGGACCACCCGAGAUUGGGACCGAAAGAUUCGGGUCUUCACCCAAUUCUUUUCGGAUCUAAAGCACAAAAAACUGCUAACCAAUUCAUCCAAAGCGCUCUGUGUCGGAGCUCGGGUCGGGCAGGAGGUGGAGGCUUUGAAGCGGGUCGGAGUGUGGGAUUCCAUCGGCUUGGAUCUGGUACCAUAUCCGCCACUUGUGAUCCAAGGUGACUUUCAUCGUCAGCCGUUCGAUGAUGAAACUUUUGAUUUUGAAUUCUCGAAUGUGUUUGAUCAUGCGUUGUAUCCGGAAAAGUUUGUAGGGGAGAUCCAACGGACGUUGAAGAUUGGUGGGAUCUGUGUCUUACACGUGGCGUUAUCUAGACGGUCGGAUAAGUACUCGACUAAUGAUUUAUAUAGUAUUGAACCGUUAUUAAAGUUGUUUAACGGGUCGGAUUUUGUUUAUUCUAGGAAAGUUGACGGGUUCGGGUUGGAUACUGAGGUGGUCUUUCGGAAAAGGAAAGGAAUCCAACGGUCAUGA